AUGGGAAAAUGCUUAAGCUGCUGCAAAGAGGACCAGGCCUGCCAACCCAAGUGUCCUGCAGACCCACUUACUCCGGACCUCGUGCACCCUGGAGCCUGUGCUGUUACACAGCCAGCCGGAUAUUUUUAUGUUAAAACAACUCGUCCUUCUGCAAUACGUCAAAUCAGUUCAUCUGGAGGAAGUAAAAUUUUAUCUUUUUCAUCAAAUACAUCUCGUCACUCAUCUUCUGGAAGAAGACAUUCUGUAUUUGUUAAAUUUCAGAAAAGCAGUGCUUCUUUUCAUCAACAAAGUCGAGCUAACUUUAAUUCUCAAGAAAAAAGAAGCUUCAGUGAUUUAAAAUCUUCCUUAGACCAUUUUGGCUUUAGAUCCUACAGACUCUUCUCAGCCCCUAAGCUAAGUGUAGUUUCCUGUUACGAGAGUGCUAAUUUCUUUGAUCUUCCAUCAAGUAGCGAUAGCAUAUUUAAUCCAAAUGAAAUUGAAAUCAUUUCUAAAAAGCCAAGUGUUGCCAAUGCCGAAAAAUAUAUGAACUCUUGUUCUCCUGAAUAUAACAUUAAACAUUUUAUGAAUUUUGAAACAAAAGCUAAUUCUUCAUCCUGUCGAAGCACUGUUGAUAGAAGCACCUGUCAACACAGCACAGCCACCUUCCUUCCUUUUCCAGCUGUUAUUUCCCGUUCCUGUCAACGAAACGGAAUUGCCACUGAUACUCAGGAAAGUGGCCAGUCAAGGAAAAAUUCCCUUCAUCCUGGUUCUCAGUGCAGUGCAAAUGAUUCACCAGCUACAACUCAUCAGCAUGCCUCUCAAAGUCUAACCUCCCCUGUUCUCCGUAAUUUUGGAUUUUCUUCAUUUUGUAAAGAUGGUAGCUUUGCCUUAUGUCAAAAUGAAGUUACUUCGGAUCCCUUUGAAGAUGAAAACAUUGCUAUGUCAUCUCAAGAUGAAGACCAGUCUUCACCUAUUGCAAUUCCUAAAAUAAGGUCACCUCAGACUUGACCCUCUCUUAGAAAGGCGGCUCAAAUCAGUUUUCCCACUAGGAAUACUCAAUAUAUUGUCUGUAGAAAUCAUUGCUCAGAUCUCGUAGAGAUCUCCCAUAC